UUUGAAGGUGUCCAUAAUGUAGGCUUGCAUUCCAUAAUUUUUCUACAUCUCAGAAAUCAUGAUAAUGCCGUCCACCAACUUAGUUGGCUUUUAAUUUGAAUCAGCAUGCUGUGCAGCAUUUGCCAAACUAAGGAACUCAGUGCUCCUCUGGUCUCAAAUGUCACCUGCAGCACCCCUAAUCAGUCUCAAUGUGUGAGUGUCACUGUGAAGGACAUACUCCAUCAGCAUGGAUCACUUGAUGACUCUGUCACAGCAAUUGAGAGCAGAUCCUGUGCAGAAUGUGUGGUACUCCUGCAGAAGAUCCAUGAGACUUUCCUCCUACUCUGCUACCUGAAAAAGCAACUGUGGGAGAAAAUAAAAGCUGGCAUGCUUGUUGACCCCAUAGUGCCUCAACAGCCUCCACAAUCAGUGGCUGACCAAGAGGCACAAAAUGAAAUGCCACUUCAGUCAAGCACUGAGGAAAAUGAGGACUUGGAUGUGCUGAAGGCAGUAGGGAAGGCCUUGUGUCAUGGUGGUAACUUUCAGAUCCAAUGUCCCCGACCCGAAUGCCUCAAGCUCAUCUGUUCGGGACGAAAAAGCACCCUACGCAAGAACAUCCUGUCCCACCUGCGAACCCACUCAGAUUCUGCAUUUGUAUGCGAUCGAUGUGGCAGCAGGUCUCGGACCCGGGAUGGGCUGGAGCAUCAUGUCAACAAGGUGCAUCUGCAGAUACAGCCAUACGAAUGUGAUGCUGGCUGCUGCUCCCAGACGUUCCAUUCGCGAAAGGAGCAGGCUGAUCAUCGCAGAAAGAGAGUGUGUCCCUUGUGCCAGCUCCCCUGUCGUUCCCCUCAUGCCUUGAAGGUGCAUAUGCGGAGCCACACAGAUGAACGGCCAUAUGAGUGCAAAACAUGCAGCCAGUCAUUCAAGAGAGUCAAUGACCUCAACCGCCACACAGAAACUCAUGCAGAGGGGAAGGUAGAGUGUGGAGAAUGUGGGAAGUUGUGUCGGGAUCUCCGUGCCCACAGGAAGGUCCAUUCCAAGACACAUGUUUGUCGAGUGUGUUCCAAGGCCUUCCCCAGCCAGGCGAAGCUUCUCACUCACAUGGGGCAGCAUGGUCGAGACCUGAAACAGUUCAUGUGUGAAGUUUGUGGAGUGAAGUUUGCUGCUGUGGAGUACUUGAAGAUUCACCUGGAACAGCACAGUGGCUGGCAAGGACUUCCCUGUCCUCAUUGCACCUAUCGGACAUUCUAUCGGUCCAAUCUCAAGAAACAUGUGAGGCAGAAGCAUCGCGACAAGUGACAGGACUUUGUGAGUCUCUGCAUGUGUGUUGAGAGAAGAGAAUAUGCUUGAAAAUUGGAUCUUUGAGCAAUACAAUGCACAUUUUUAUGA